AUGGGACGUAUUAGGCAUCGAGAGCAACGGGAAGAGGCGCAGUUGAGCCAGUUCAAGCCCGGAGGACCUUCCUCCCGUCAUCAUACAGUUCACAUCAAGGUCGAAGAUAAAGCCGAUCCCGAUACACCUCCACGCUAUCCAUCCUUCACAACAGCAUGGUCCAAAUCUCCACUCCGCGUACCGACCCCUAUUGCUGAACAGUUCUACCGAUCUACAGUAGUCAAGAAGGAGAGCGAUGUUUCUUUAGUACAUAGGGACGUACUGUCACUUCGCAGCCAAACUUCAGGUCCGUCGGUUAGCUCGAGCUACAAGAGGUUCGCUGUCGAGACUUUCCGUGACUUCGAUGCGUCACACCCAGCCUCCAAAGUCAAGAUAGAAGAGGAACCAGAAAAGGGAUACUACAUCCCGACAGGAACGAGCAAAAUCAAGCAUGAAGAGGCAUCUUCUUCCACGAACGUCCAUCACCGCUAUCCCAGUUCAUACCGCAAAGCGCCUGUAAAACAUGAACCGGCAUCACGUUCUUCACCCGAUCUCAGGCGUACACGAAGCCACUGCACCGUCGCGACAGCACCAGAACUCCGCUCCGAAAGCAAAUUCUCCUACCUCCAACCCAUCACACCCACGCCCUUCAGCACACCUUACGGUCUCGUCAACCCCUACCCUCCCGAUCCAUCAACAUAUCUCAUCUCCGGCUCUUUGCUCGAAGGAGUUCAACGGCGGACAAAGUGGGGCCAGCGAGAUAGACGGACGAAGCGGCAGCCACGAGGUGUGCCCGCAGCCGAGGGUGCUGCUAGUGAUAAAAAGAAUGCUACAAAAGCAGGAGCGGAGGGGACUGGAAGUGGCGGAAAAUGUGCAUGGUACAAAUCUUCGCUUUGCAUAUGCUCCAAAUGGAUUAGUUGUAUCAAGGCGAAGUGCUCACGAGCUGCUAAGAAGAAGUGGUGGCAGAGAAGUAAACAGCAUCAGUACACCACGGAGAGGAGGGAAGACAGUGGGUUUUAUGUUGUGAGAAGAGAGAUUGGUCCUAAUCUCAGGGUUACGGUUAGAGAUGUCUGA